AUGAGUCAAUCAGCAGCACUAAAGAAAAAGGGUUCGAAUCCGAACAAAGCUCAAAGUCCACUGAAGAAUCUGAACUUUGAUAUGCAAUACCGAUCAAGUACUGAAUUGGCUAACCAAUUCAAGAUUAAGAGAGAACAACUUGCUAACGAACGCAAUGAUAAAGCUAAGAAAGAGCAUGCACCAAUAGCACAUAAAAGAAAGAAUUCUGAGGAUUUCAUUCCACAACAAGGAAAGAGUAAAUUGCUCGAGUACAAAUCAGUAAUUCAUUCGUCUUCGAGGGAAGAGUUUGGUACCUCACAUAUGGUUGUUGGGAAAGGACAAACUAAAAAGAGCUUAUUUCAAUCUGGAGAGUCCAUUCAAGAGAAAGGAACUAAACUUCAUAUGCACAACUUUAGGUUCCAAACGUCUUCCAAGAAAGGUGUUACUGCUUCAGUACAUGUGACUGGGGAAGCACUUGAACAUGAUAUUCAUGAUCUACCAAACUGCAAGCAGGUAAAGAGGAAGUCGAUCAUACCAGCUACUAGUCUUGAUCAGUUUAAAAAAAAACAAGCAAUACACAUAUAUGAUGAAACAAAAACUGAUAACCACAAAGUAGCUGAUGAUCUUGUGGAUCAAGAAGAAAUCGGCGGGGAUGAGUGUGCUAUAGAUGAGGAAAUUGGCAUUGAUUGUGGUUCAGAAGGAAUAUUGGAGCCGAAAAAAGUUCGAGAAAAAACAACAUGUAAGGAUAUUCACGCAAGAAAUUUGGAAGAAAGAAAGAAGGUGACAUUUGAUAAAGGACAAGCAGUGGGACCAACUGGUAAGAUAGUGUCAGAAUUAACCAACUUUAUAGGAACAAUUUCAAGGAACUCUAGAUUCAUCAACUUGAUGUACACUAGUUGGCAUGCAGUGCCAAAAGAUACGAAAAAGCGCAUGUUGGAAUAUAUCAAUUCCAAAUUCCUAAUUCCAGUAGAAGGAAAGAAGUGGGUGAUGACUAGUCUUCGUGAUGCUUGGAGGCGAUACAAACAAAAAAUUAAAGAGAGAUAUUUUGAUAAAAAUAGUACCGUUGAGGAUAUACUAGCAAAACGUCCUGAUGACAUGCCAGAAGAACAAUUCCGUCAAUUGAUCAAGUAUUGGAAACACCCAACUGUUCAAGCCAUGUGUGAGAGGAAUUCUCGAAAUAGGAAAAAGCAAAAGUGGAGGCAUCGAAAGGGACCUAUUAAUUUUGCAAGAGUACACGUGGCAUUGCGUGCAACCAAAGAAAACAAUGAGGAACCAUCAAAGUCUGAAAUGUUUAUUGCAACUCGUACAAAGACGGGAAAGGAUCUUCACAUCGAUACUCAAGCUGCAAUAGUUGAACUUCAGAAUCGCCAAAAUUCCGGGGAAACAACAGAUGAUGCUUUUACGGCAGUGUUUGGAAAGGAGCAGCCUGGUCGAAUUAGGUGCUAUGGUAGAUCAGUGACAACAAGUUCUUUGAAGAAAAAUGAGGAAACUAACAAGCUAAAACAGAAAUAUGCCAAUGAAAUCACUUAUCUAAAAGAAGAAAUGAAUGAAAUGAGAGAAGAAAUGCGACAUUUCUUUAGUCAAUUGCUUUAAAACAACCCUGGAUUGAAUGUUUGAGAUAUGCCAGGGUGUGUUCGAUCUAACAUUGCUUCACCUAUUGAUGCGAGUAGUGCACAAGCUGUAAAAGGCCAAAAUCUUCCACAUUCUUCCGGGUCAACUCAUGAUCCAGUUCUUCAAAAGAAAAUUUAA